AUUCAGGUAGCGACUUCAACGAGGGGGUAAUAAUUUUGCAGACCCCCCGAAAAAAAAAUGUGAUUAGUUCAGUAAUCUGUACACGACUUCAUGAUGGCUUCAGUCCCCUUUAACAGAAUAAUAACACAACCCAGUAGUUCCGCAUAGUGACUGAUGACUCGAUGAUCGAGUGGGCGGGGCUUCUUUAGUUCAGGUGCGUUCAGACAGGUGUGUUAAGAAGAAAAGACACCGGCUUCAACUGGCUUUCUAAAAAGAUGAUUUAAAAAUAAGACUGUUGCCGACAUGUUAAAACAAACAUGCGAUCCUCUGUGCUUUUACUACUCGUUGGGAUUCACCUCGCAUUUGGCGCAAAACACUCUCUAAAAUAUUUCUACACUUCGGUGUCUGGAGACGAGAAGUUCGCUGCAACUGGUUUGGUCGAUGAUGUUCAGUUUAUGUACUUUGACAUCAACACAAAGAAAGCUUCACCAAAAACAGAAUGGAUGAGAGAGAACAAAGAAUCAGAUUUCUGGGACAGUCAGACAUAUUCAUUGAUUGAACAACAUCACUGGAUUUUAAACACCAUCUGGACAGAGUCAGCAGGUGAGCACACAUACCAGAUAACCUACGGCUGUGAAUGGAACGAUGAAACUGGGAAAACAAAUGUGUUCCGUCAGUAUGGAUAUGAUGGAGAGGAUUUCCUGUUUCUGGAUUUGAAGAGGGAUGAAUGGAUAUCUCCAAUGAAGCAAGGAUUCAGGACUCAAGAGAGGUGUAACAAUGAAACCAUCCGUCUUUCGCACUGGAAAAACUACCUUAAAAUGGAUUGUAUCGACACUUUGAAGAAGCUCCUGCAGCUUGGAAAGAGCAGCCUGGAGAAAACAGUCUCUCCUCAGGUGUCUCUGUUACAGAAGAACUCCUCCUCUCCAGUGUUGUGUCACGUCACAGUCUUUUAUCCCAGUGAUAUUACAAUCACCUGGAUGAGAAACGGACAAGAGCUUUAUAAGAAUGUGAAGGUUGGUAAACUUCUUCCCAAUGAGGACGGCACCUUCCAGAAGAUUGUGACCCUCCAGACUGAACCUGAUGAGUGGAGGAAUAAUGAGUUCAGCUGUGUGGUGGAGCACCAGAACAAAACCAUCAGAAAGACUCUGACAGAGAAUGAAAUCAGGACUAAUAAUAAAACACCUGCUCCGGUUGACACGACUGUUGUUGUUGUUUCUGCGGUGAUUCUGUCGCUGUCGCUGUUGCUGUUGCUCAUCAUUGCUGUCAUCGGGUAUUUGGUAUAUCAGAGGAAACUGAAGUCAGCACUCCCAGGUUCUGCGUCAGAAUGCUGGCUCAGUUUUGGCCGUUUUUCAGGAUAUGUUGUUGCCAGCAUGUCUUCCAGUGACUCUGAAAGAUCAAGUCAUUCAUCAAUAGAGUCUUGAGACGAGAUCAGACGGAUGAUCGAGGAGAAUCAUCAGAUCUCACUCAUAUAUCUACUCUCAUCUUCAGUUUUCCUCAUUCAUCACAUCAUUUAUUCACUUUAUGAAUAUCAAUGUACUGUUUUAUUUUUUAUUGUUAUGUCUUUUUCUUGGAUAUAUUUUUAAAUGAAUUACCUUUUAUUAUAAGGUGUACAUAAUAUGUAUAUAACUUUAUCUAACAGGGUAACUGAGGGCCUUUCAUAACAGUGAUUAUUCAUUUAGCCUCGCUGUCAAUAUGUGCUUAUAUUUUACUGUUUAUUGAUAUUUGUUUAUUGAUAUGUCGCUUUAAUAUACAUCUUUUGAGUGAUUUAAAAUCAAGUUAUUAAUCAAUAUUUAUCCUUCUAAUUAUUAAAAGAUUUGAAUGACUUCUGUUAAAGGUGCAGUGUGUAAAUUUGAGCGGCAUCUAGCGGUGAGGUUGCAAACCAACGGCUCUCACCCCUCCCUUUCGAAGCAAAAUAGAGAAGCUACGGUGGCCGUCUGGCCGACUCAAGACAAAGAUACAGCAGAGAGUAUGUUAGCCAGUCAAGCGAUGAGGUUUCUUCUUACUUCUAACAAAGAACGGUCUCUGCUUCUAAUAAACCAAACGACGACGACUACUACUACUACUUUUUCGUGCGUGUUCAACGUAGUGACGAUGCAAACUGCCUCUAAAAACAUGAACGUUUUAGAAGAACAACAACAUAGUGACGAAACACGCUCUGUAGAGCAGUUUGUCUGUUUAGGGCUACUGUAGAAACAUGGCGGUGCAAAAUGGCGACUUGACAUGGACCCCGUGGUGUAUGAGAUGGCUCAUUCUAAGGUUAUAAAAACAUAAUGGUUCAUUAUACACCACUGAAAACAUAGUUAUGUAUAUUAUUUUGCACUUCUGUCAAGAGAUCCUCACAAAUUUUACACACUUCACUUUUAAAGAAUUUAUUUUACUUUGUGUUCAUCUUCAAACACUAGAGAAUAAUGAUGAAUAUUGUCUGUACCUCUCUCUGAGAGAAAACUACAACAUAUCAAUAUGUUUUGGGGAAGUAUCCUGUUCAACCAACGUUAGUCUUGAAUUAUCUGUGUAUCUGUGUAUCUGUGCUGGUUCUUUUGUGUUUUCUCAAGUUGGCUCCUAGAAGAGCAGUUCUGUGAUCUCAGAGGGUCACUCUGUGCCUAAACCAGGGUCCUGGUGUCAUCUGUAUAAUAAAUGGAAACAUGCUUAUGUCUAUCAA